AUGCUUCCAAAACUUUUGAUACAGGUCCGGCAACAUGCAAUUGGUGUUACUGCCGAGAUAAGGAAAGCUUUUUUACAAAUCAGUUUGUGUGCUAGAGACUUUUUGAAAUUCCUGUGGUGGAAAGAUUCAAACAAAACCGAGAAUGUUACCUACAGACACUGUCGUGUCGUGUUCGGCAUUUCUUCGAGUCCAUUCCUGUUGGGAGCAACGAUUUCUUACCAUUUGGAUAAUGCUCCACAAUAUUUAAGAGGAACGGCACUUCGAUUGAAGAAAUCCUUUUAUGUCGACAAUUGUAUAGCUAGUUUCGAAACCGAAGAAGAAAUAGUCAAGUUCAAAGAAGAGUCCCAAACUCUGAUGUUUCCAGGAGGUUUUGACCUUAGAGGGUGGACUGCUGCACCAUUCAAAGAUUGA